UGGAAACGCCCCCACUGGAGAUCCCUAUAUAAAUGGAGGCAAACAGUGGUGCAGCUUUUAGUUUGUACAUUUUAAAUAAACGUUUCGGUUCGGGAUUAUAGUUUAACAACAAAAUCAAGUGUCCAUUUAUAAACUGUGUGCGCAAAAAAUGCAAAUAUCUUAAGGAUGUGUGUGAUAAACAGCAUUGUUGCAACUUGUUGUCUGUUGUUGGUUUCUGUAGUGAAUUUGCCGCCAAUAGUUGAUGCUGAAGAUGCGGCACAAGCAUUACUACAUGCAAAGGAUGAUGGCACUCUAUACUUUGAGUCAGCCGCUGAUCAGAAUAUAACAUUUCGCCUAAUGGGCGAGGCUUCCACGCUACUGAUGAAUGACACCAAUCUAGUCUCAUUAUUGCAACGCCGCCAGCAUUCGUUCGCUCGCGCAGCGUUCUCCGUUCUCCUCGGACGGCCGCUGCUGUCGCUGGAUGCACUCAAGGAACAAUUUCGUGGCGUUCGACGCGAUCUUCAGCGCUUGACCCGAAGGUUUAGCAUUAUGUCCAAUGGCACUCGCCGCACACAACGUGAGCUACGACGGGCUCUUCAACGCGUUCAGACUCUGAAUGAGGCGCUGAACAUUUUAGAAAGCAAAGCAUCAGUGGAUGACUGCAAGUCGAAUCCUUGCAAGAAUGGUGGCAGCUGCUACGAUGCCUUCAGAGGCUUCCAAUGCUUCUGUACCGCGAGCUGGCAAGGACCCACUUGCGAGGUUGAUGUUAACGAAUGCUUCGAUCUGCCUAUCAGUGACUUGGGCUACUGCAUGAAUGGAGCAGAGUGCAUAAAUGAGCCCGGCAGCUAUCGCUGCAAUUGCCGGAAUGGUUUUACCGGCAGCCAUUGUCGACUGCGCCAGAACACCUGUCUGUCCAAUCAGUCCGCGGAAUUGUGUGGCCCGCACGGCACCUGCCUGCCCGCCAGCAGUGCUGCAGGCUAUGUUUGUAUCUGCGAUCAGGGCUGGACAUGGGCGGACGUAAAUGCGACGGCCGCCAGUGCAAGUCCGUGCACGCGAGACUUUAACGAGUGUGCGCCUGAGAUUGAUCCUUGCCACAGCGAAUGCAUCAACUUACCGGGCAGCUUUCACUGUGCGGCCUGUCCGCCAGGCUAUACUGGUGACGGCAAGCAUUGCCAGGACAUUGAUGAGUGCCGUAUUCAGACGCACGGUUGCAGCACGGCACCCACUGUGGCGUGCAUUAAUACGGAGGGCUCUUACCGCUGCGGCCGCUGUCCGCCGGGUUGGCAGGGCAAUGGACGCACCUGCACUGAGGCCAAGUCCAACUCCUGCAAUGGCGAACAAAUCUGUGACCCGCGAGCCAACUGCGAGUACAUCUCGGGCACAGUGGUGUGCACCUGUCCGGCUGGCUUCUAUGGUCACGGCUAUGGACCGUCUGGCUGCACCGAAGAUCAUGAUGCACAGCCCUGCGACAAUCAUCGCUGCGAAAAUAACGGCAUUUGUGCCGUUGUGGGCUUGGGCACCAGCUGCAUCUGUCAGCCUGGCUACACUGGACCACUCUGCCGCGACUCGGACGCCUGUCAUCCGAAUCCCUGCCAGAACGGUGGUACCUGUCGCCUGCUACUCGGCAACCAAUACCAGUGCAUUUGUCCUGCCGGCUUUACCGGCACCUCCUGCUCCCAGGUGCGCAGCUACUGCGGCGCCGUGCUCCGCAAUCAGACGGGCAGCAUAGAGUACCCGCCAAAUAGCGCCAGCUCGGGCUACGAGGCUAGUGAACGUUGCGCCUUCGUCAUACGAACACGUCGAGGUUACGUACUGAAUGUCACAUUUGGCCUGUUCGAUUUGCAGGAUAGUCCAGAUUGCAGCUCGGAUUUUCUGCAGCUGCACGAUGGCAGCACAUUGAUGGCGCGCCAGAUUGGACGCUUCUGUGGUCACCGCCUGCCGUUAGGCAAUGGCAGCGUCGUGACCACGCAGGAUCAGCUCUUCCUGUGGUUCCAGUCCGACAAUGCCACGCAUGCGCAGGGCUUCAAUCUAAGCUGGACCUCGCAGCCGUUGGUCUGCGGCGCAGAGUUGACUCUAAGCGAUCGGCAGUUUGGGGUCUUGCGCUCACCCGGCUAUCCCGGCAAGGCGGCACAAAGCAUUGACUGCCGCUGGCGACUGUCGUCGCCUUAUAGCACGCGUCUUCAGCUGCACUUUUAUGACAUCACGCUUGGCAGCACGUCAGGCAAUUGCACUGCUGCGGACAUGCUGACCGUGCUCGAUGCGGAUAGCAAAUUGUACACUACCUGCAUAUCUGAUCAGCCGGAGCCGCUCUAUAGCUCCUCCAACAGGCUGACAAUUGACUUUCAUACGAAUGCCGGGCGCGCAGAUAGCGCGUUUCAGCUUUACUAUCAAGUGGUAGCCGGCAAUCCCGGCUGUGGCGGCGUCUUCACUGACGCUGAGGGCAUCAUCAGUGGCAACAUAAAUGGCCCCGUCUGCUUAUAUCUCAUUGAACAGCCCGCUGGUAUGCAAGUUGAGUUGCGCUUCCAACGCAUCAAGCUAAUGUCCGAGUCCUGCGCGCUGCAGAAGCUUGAGAUAUUUGAUGGAAGCAGCGAUGAGCAACCGCUGCUGAAGCGCUUCUGCGGACAGCCAGAGGAAACCGAAUUGCUGCCAAUCACCUCCACUGGCAAUUCUAUACUCAUUCGUUAUGAGUUCAAAUUGGAAGGCUUCGGCAGUGGCCUGAGAUAUGAGCUGAGCUACAAGAGACUUUGCAUUGCUAAUCUUACAUAUCCUUCUGGCGUUAUAACAACUCCCAACUAUCCAAAUGGCUACUUGGAGAAUACCACAUGCAGUUUUAUCAUUAUUACUCGACCGAAUACCAAAGUUCGUAUUAACAUAACUGAUCUAUCUAUGGACACCACGGCUGCAGAUCAGACUCAAAAUGGUAUCUAUGAUGAAAGUCUGGCAACCUAUUUGGAUGUUCAUCUCUCUCGCAAUGUGAGCGAAAAGCGGCGAUUUUUUAAAAAUAUGACCAACAUGUUGCUUGUAUCAACCGAUAAUUUGGCACGCGUUGAUUUUCACGGCGCCAGGAAUCGCAAUAGAGCACGUGGCUUACGUAUGGAGUAUACAUUCAUCUCUAGCCAAUGUGGCGGUACAAUGAUUGCUCCAAAACAAUCAUUCCGACUUAUAACUCAGUCACGCGAGUGUCGGUGGGUCAUUGAAGCGCCAGGUCCUAAGGAAUUCUCCAUAAAUAUCGUCGCUUUAAGCGUAAUGACGAAUAAUACGAUUAACGUCUAUGACAAUAGCACGGGCUGUGGUGGAUUCUCUUCAGCUCGCUAUGGCGUAAUUAAAUCACCCAAUUGGCCCAGACGCUAUGGCGCAUCUGAGAACUGUACAUGGAUAAUAAACGCACCGUUGGGACAACAAAUUGAGCUGGUGGUGCAUAACUUUACUUUGGAAUCAGACUGCACUGCUGAUUAUUUGGAAAUAAGAAAUGGCAACGGCGAGAGUUCUCCACUAAUUGGUCGCUAUUGUGGUCGAAAGAUUCCAUCACGUAUACCGUCCUUUGGCAAUGCUUUGCACGUGCGCUUCCUUUCGGAUAUGGAUACAGAACUAGCUGGGUUCUAUUUGCACUGGCAGACUGUGGCCACUGGCUGCGGUGGCAUUCUCAACUCUCCAGUAGGUGCUAUACACUCACCACACUACCUGGGAUCCAAUCGUGGUGCUGUAUCCUGCGACUGGCAGAUCACUGUGGCUCAGGGCUCGACCAUUCAACUGCAGCUGAACGCUCACGAUGACAACUUGUGCAAUGGCCAAGUCACGCUAUAUGAUGGCCCCAACACAGGCAGUGCUCGCCUGCCCUUGAACUGCAGCAGCGAAGGACCCAGUGAGCUGAUGCUACGCUCUAGCGGGAAUUGCGUGCUAGUGCGCUAUGAUGUGGACAAUGAGUCGCCCGAUGGCGUUAGCUUUGUGCUAAACUAUACCGCCAAUUGCAAAGUGCGACUGGAGCAGCUAAGCGGCGCCAUUGAAACGCCUAAUUUUCCGGAGAACUAUCCACCCAACACAAACUGCGAGUGGGAUAUACGCGCCGUCACUGGUGGCAGUCACCUGCGCUUGGCCUUCUCACAUCUGAGCAUGGAACUUUCUGCAUUGACAGAUCAAUGUGAAUUUGACUCUCUCAUACUCAGUGACUAUCGCGAUGAGCAGUUGCUAAGCGAGACGCGUCUUUGCACUGCCAAGGACCAGACUAUCGACAGCAAGGGCAACCGGCUACUGUUGCGUUUUUCUAGCGAUUCGACUUUCCAAGAGCAGGGAUUCCAUGCGGAGUAUCAGCGUAUCGGCUGCGGUUCAGAGCUGCUGGGACCAGGCGGUUACUUUACAUCGCCAGGCGCUCCGUUCGGCCUGAAUCUAGACUGUGAUUGGCAUAUCAUUGUGCCCGAGGGCUAUCAGGUGCGUCUCGUCAUUCCCGAGCUGCACAUUGAGACCAAUCAACGUGACUGCAAUCAGAAUAUGCUUACCGUACUUGGCGGCGGCAACUCCUCCGCCAUUCUAUACCGCAGCUGUCAUGUGGAGAGCUCCACACAAAUAUUGACAGCACCUGCCAACGAGCUGCAUAUUCGCUUCCGCACCGACGCCAAUCCGGGACGCAAGUACUUUAGAGCCACCUAUAUGCAGGUACCGGCCACUUGUGGCGGACGAAUUAUCGGCAGCAACGGAAUUAUCACUUCGCCCAACUAUCAUGAUGGCAAUAAUGAUGCUUACGCAUCUGAUGUGGAGUGCGUUUGGACUAUUGAUAUAUCUCCGGGCUAUGCAUAUAGAAUAAGAGCCGAGGCAUUUAACCUAACUUCUUCUCCCAACUGCUCGGAAGCUAGCUUGAAUUUUACGCUAAUACGUAAGGACGGAGUAUCUGGUAGGCUUGAUCUGGCACGAUGUGGGGCAGAGCUAUUACCUCAGAUAAACUUUUCUCAAAAUCUGCGAAUUGACUUUAAGGCGAAGGCGGGCAGCUAUGGCAAAUUCGCUUUGCGUUACCAGCAGAGCUGCGGCGGUCCGCUGUAUGAAGAUGAGGGCUAUAUGCGAGCGCGGUUGGAUGAGGUCUGUAGGUGGUAUUUUACGGGAAAGCAGAACGGUAAAAUCAUCCUAAACAUUUACCAAUUGGAGUGCUCAAAUGCCCGCCAACGCAGUGGACUGCAUAUAUCGAAUGGAGUUAAUAUGGUUCCGUACUCUAGCAUAUGCGAGGAUCAUCCGACUACUCUGGUGAUUCCCACCAACAAUGCAGUUGUGAUAGCCAGAGGUAUCGCUUUCUCAGCGCAGUACAGCACAUUGGAAAACUCCUGUGGCGGUGAGAUACGCUCGGUGCGCGGCCUGCUAAGCUCUCCCAAUUACCCGGACACUUAUCCGUCGAAUGUCGAGUGUAUUUGGCAAAUAGUGCCGCCAGCGGGUAACGGUAUUGAAAUGAGCUUGCAGCUAUUGGAUAUAAGUCCAUCGGAGCACUGCAAUGGAGAUUUCCUAGAAGUGCGUGCCGGACUGCAAGGCGCGCUGCUUGGACUCUACUGCGGCAAUAAGCUGCCCGAACAAUCUUUGUACACAAGGUCCAGCGCCUGGAUCAAGUUCCGUAGCCUGCCCGGUAGUAGUGGCAAGGGCUUUAAGCUGCACUGGAGCUAUUUGCAUGAAAACGAAUUUACGAACGAGACAAGUGGCAUCAUCGAGGCACCACCAACGCUAGCCGUAAAGAACGCUGAUGAACCAUACAGUUGGCGUAUUCUCUCGACGCGUGGUACGCGAGUCGUGCUAGAGCUCAAGGAGUACUACUCGGGCUUGCUGCUGUACGAUGGCUUCGAUGAUACAGCACAGCGCAUACGCAUAGAAGCAUCGCCUUGGCAGUUCAUAUCGAGCAGCAACGUGCUCUACCUGAAGACACGAAACGAGGAGUUCUAUCACUUCCUGCUCCACUGGCACACCAUCGACGAGUCUGGCUCGUUGAAUGCGCAGAGCAGUGAAUGCAACCAGACGCUGAUUGUGCGUGCGAACCAAGUGGUAGAGAUUAAAUCUCCAGGCUAUCCGCAUGGCUAUAGCAACAAUUUGCGCUGUGAGUGGACCUUGAAGGCGGAGGAUCCAACGCGGCACGUUUAUGUGGAACUGGAGGAUGUGAAUCUGGAGCAGAUGAUAUCCUGCAUGGCGGAUCACUUAAGUGUCUUCAGCUCCACAAAUCUGGUCAACUGGCAGCUGCAGCAAUCGGAUAUUUGUCAACUGCCCACAGAAGAGUCCAAGCGUAAAAUAAACGGCACGCCCUAUUUGCAGUUGCGAAUGGAGACGGAUUCAUCAGUAAAUGGCACUGGUUUCAAAGCCUUUGCCCAUAGCCGCUGCGGAGCCAACAUGACAGGUGCAGUGGGCACCAUUGUGGGCAAGCCGUUUAUGUGGGCCAGGCUCACUAACAGCGGCGGCAGCUGCGAAUAUCACAUCGAGGUGCGUCCGGGACGUGUUAUUGAUAUACAAAUCGAAUACAAUGGCCCAGCUGCCGUCAGCAAUUGUCAUGUCUAUGGUAUUAUCCAUGAUGGCAUCGAUGGGCAGUCGCCACUGAUGGAGAAUGGCAAGUUCUGCAAUCAAGUGGGCUUCGCCACCAGAAGCUAUCGAACCAGCGGACCACAUGCCUUCAUCCGGUACACUGUCAAUGGCUUGGGGCUAGAUACGCUGGAUGCAUUCUGGAAUCUUACGUAUCGCGAGUACCGCACUUGUGACAUGGAGGUGCGUCUAACGGAUGUGGCCAGCAGCUACAACAUAAGCACGCCUGGUUAUCCGUAUUAUCCGCAUCCACACUCCGACUGCACGUGGCUGGUGAUGGCGCCGGCUGGCGAGACAAUCCUCGCCAGUUUUGUGGAUGACUUUGCAAUGAGCACUGCCCACUGUGAUGACGAGUAUGUGGAGCUAUUUGAUGGCUCCACUAUGAUAUCGCGUCGCCUCCUCAAGACCUGCCGCCGGCCCUCCACCGUGCGCAGCUCCUCCAACCUGCUGCUGGUGCAUUACCAAACCGAGCUCGCCGAGCCUCAUGCAGGCUUCAAGCUGAAUGUUUCGCUGAGUCGCUGUGGCGGGCUCUUCACCGAUCGCCAGGGCACCAUCAAGUCCGAACAUUAUCCUGCCCUAGGCGGCUAUCCCAAGGCAGCCACAUGCGAGUAUAUUAUCAGGCAAGCCGGCGAUAGAAACAUCAAGCUCAACUUUAGCGAUCUGCAUCUGCCCUUUGACAACUCGCAAGCCAAUCCCGAGUCGUUGGAUCGUAUUGAAAUCUUGGACUUGAGCAAUCUGGGCAUGCUGCUCAUAACACUCUAUGGCAAUGAGAGCAUGCCCCACACCUUGAACUUUGACACCAAAGAACUUAUGCUGCGCUUCAUCACAAAGCAGGCGAAUAAUAAAUAUCGCGGUUUCAUGCUGCAGUACUCAACUGUCGGAUCGGUGUGUUAUCGCGAUAUAAAUGCCGUAUCCGGCAUACUGGAGUCGGAAGCAGGGUCCGGGUUACCUCUAUUGCGACGUACCUGUGAGUGGAAAAUAACAGUGCCCAAGGGUCAGCGUGUGCGCCUGGAGCUGCUCAAUGCGGCAGACUUUCGUGGCACGAUGCCCAUGCCCAUCAGCCCGCGACUUCGCUUUGGGUCUUCAUACUGGGUUCGAAGAAUGAUGAAUCGGGGCUUAGUGCUCUACAACAAUGUGGAAAAGACGUCCAUAAUUAAUGAAAUAGCGCUGUCCAGUUACAAUGGCAGCGGCACCUUCAUGUCCACGGAUAACUUUAUGCUGGUGCGGAUUGGGAACAAUCUAAGGAUUGGAUUACGCGCGCGCUUCAGCUCCCGGGAGCCAUCGCUCUGUCCGCCAGAUAUUGGCGCACACAGCUCGGGCACGCUGACCAAUCAGGAACUGUUGCCGCUCAGCCAACAUUACUGCACAAUUCGCUUCAGUGUGCAGCCGGGCGAGACGCUGCGCUUCAAACUGGUGGCGUAUGAGCAGCAGCCAACGAUAGCUAGCUAUGCGAAAUUUACAGACGACCAGUGGAGCAGACGCCUGAAGAUGUCCAGCGACGGCAGCCUCGCUGUAGUGAGCACAGUGGGCAGCAUUACGCUGAUGCGUGAGCAAUCGGAUAAUGGCAGCACGCCACAUUUUCGUGCCACAUACGAGCGGCAUGCAUGUGGUGGGCAACUGGAACUGGCGGAGGGCAGUAAGAUUGAGUUGGCGCAGCUGCGCGAGGACUCUGGCGAGUUGGAGUGCCUCUGGUUGUUGCGCAGAAGCAGCGACUAUCUGCUGGAGGGCAACGCCAGCUUCAGCGACAGCUGCGAGCGUGAAUAUCUCAGCCUGCGCAGCGUUAACUCCGAGCAUGAGCUAUGGCGCCUCUGCCGCGACAAUUUGCCACUCAAUCUGACGCGGCUGCAGAGCUCACAGUACCGGCUGCUCUAUCAUGCGACGGACUACAAGGCAAGCGGCAGUCAGUUCCAGCUGCAGUUCACUCGCGCGCAAGCUCUCGCCGGACUGGGCAGCAUUGUUGUGGUGCGGGAUGCGCCAACGCCGCCGGUGCUGGUGGAUGCGCGUAGCUAUAGAGAUAACAUGGAGCUGUCGUGGGAGUUCCGCAGCAAUGCACAGACUACCAUGCGCCUGAAGUUCCUCGACAGAUUCUUCAUUGAGAUGUCGCCAAACUGCAGCAACGAUCAGCUGGAGGUGCUGCAGCUACAAAGUGUUGGCGUCUGGCAGCCACUGGCCACCUACUGUGGACGCGAACUGCCUGCGCCGCUGCUGGUGCAAGCCCUAAAAAUGCGCGUCGUUUUUCGCACCAAUGCCAAUGUAACCGCUGACGGAUUCAAGUUUGUAGUGGAGCCCAUCUGUGAUAUUCGACUAGAGGCUAAGGCCGAACUGCAACAUGAGUUCAGAAUCCAUAGAUUCCACAGAGAUACUAACAACUGCAGCCUGGAGUUUUACACUCCCUCACAGCAACAGCUGCUGGUGAGCAUUGAUAACGACAUUCCCUGCACCUUGGCAUACUUUGAGCAGCACGGCGGAGAGCUGCAGCAGCCUGUACGCCACUGCGCGCCCUUUCGACUGCACGGCUAUCACAGUCUGAAGCUGCGUGUGGUAUUUCUGAAAAGACCGCAGAUAGCCCAGCUGGAUUACCAGCUGCUUGGGUGUGGCGGCAACUACAGCGCGCCGUUUUCUCUACAGCCGCCGCACUCGAUGUCAGGAGACGCAAUAAACUGCAUAUGGCGGGUACAGGCGCCGCCCCAGCAUGCCAUCUAUCUGAGCUUCAAGCGCUUCCAACUGGUCGAGAGCAUGCACUGCGACUUUGCGCACCUAAGCGUCUACAAGGGCUUCGUGGAGAGCGUGCCACAGCGUGUGGCGCGCUUGUGUCGCAAUCUCACGGACACCAUUGUCAUGGUGGAUAACAAUCAGGCGCUGAUACACGCCAAUCUGCCCAGCUAUGGGGACGGACUGGGCUUCUUGGCCAGCGUCAAGUUCACGCCCAAUUGCAAUGAACGCCUGGUGCUGGGCGAGGGCAACGAGCGCAUGAGCCUAACGCGUCACUUUUCUCGUCGCGGCGUCAACGGAAGCAGCAGUGAGCAGCUGCUUUGCUAUUUCCGCGCCAGCGGCACGCCUGGACAACGUUUGUCCGUCUGGCUCAAGACUUUGAGUCUCAACCAGCGGCUCUGUCGCACGUGCAGCGCUCUGGAGCUUAUCGAUGGCUUUGACAGCAACAGCGCCAGCUUGGGCAGAUACUACGGCGUGGUUGGCAAUGGCAGCAGAUUCUUUAGCACUGGUUCUGAUGUGCUAAUCAAGCUGACCAGUGAACUGACUCUGCCGCUGUCCAGCGACAUUGAAUUUGAGAUUGUUAUCGAACUGGCGCCCACAGUGUGUGGCCAGCUUGACUAUGAUUUGCGCCUCAAUGAUACUGUUAAGCUGUCACUGCACUCAGGCAAUAUAUCCAGCAGCUACGGUAGUGUUCACUGUACCUGGCAUAUUAAGUCAGACCAACAGCUGGAGCUGCAGCUGGUCUCGCUUCAAUUGCAGUCUGUUUCACAAGUAACGGGCAAGUGCAUUGAUUAUUUGCAGCUCAGUGUGCCUUUCGAAAGCGCCAAAUAUUUCUGUGGUCGCUCGAACAGCACUGUUCUCUAUUUAAGCAAUGAUUUCGAUUUGACGUUCCACACUCAGGACCAGGAGUCAAGCUUUGACUUUGAUAUAAUCAUUAGGCAAAAGACAACUUGCAAUCGCACCCAUAACGCUCUGAGCGGCUUGAUUGACUACAACAUCAAGGACCUAGGCUACUGUUAUCAGGACCUGCUUGUACCGCAAGACUAUUUCCUAACUCUGCACAUUUACUAUUUGAGCUUUAAUGCAGCUGAAAACAAUAUUACUUUCAAUCUGACGGAUCUAAUGACAAACAGCACCAUUCGCAGCAUAAGAUCGGAGCCACAAUUUCAAAUGGAUAUAGACGUAUAUGCCAAGACGAAUGCUCUGCGCCUUUUGGGUCGAGGAGCGCAUAUGUUGCGGCUUUUCUAUUAUGCAACACCUCGUCAACUGCGCCAUGGCUGUGGCGGCAAUAUAAACACGCUUGAAGGUCGCCUGAUGAACCCGAACUACAACAAUCGUAAUUAUUCGGAAUGCAUUUGGCAUCUAAUUUCACCAGCUGGCAACAACUUUCAGUUUGCUUUGAGUGAAUUUAACAUGGGCUCUGACGUUAAUUGUCCACUGGACUAUGUCAAGUUUUACGAAGUCGAGCCUGACAAUAGCGAAAAGUUGAGAAAUUCCUUCUGCGGCCAACACGAGUUUCAAGUCGUCCGUAUAAAUGCGCAUCACAUAAAGAUUGUGGCCAAGAAGUCACCCAACUUUGAUGGAACUGGUUUUCAUAUAGACUUCAGUCCCAGUGGCUAGGAAGAUACCUAAUCAAUGGCCCGACUUUUGUAAAUACUACAAAUAAAUUUAAUAAUAACGUUAAUAACUCCUAGAAUGUAAAACUAGAACCUUUUUGUUACAUUUUCUUCAUGCUUGAUUUUGAAAAUUGUGGAAUAAAUGGUUUUUUUCAUACCAUUCAUCCCAAUAUUCCAUAAAUAAAAAGUCGUGUAACA